AUGCACAAAGGACUCGCUCAAAACGUCUCCUCUCCUCAAGCAGCUGCUCCUGCCCGUAGGAGUCAUUCAGGAACGGCCCUCCUCGACAAGGUUCACUUUGUCGGCGGUCUCGGCACAACUUCUCUCACAGACACAACCCCCCUCAAAUCCAUCACAACCCUUGACCUCUUGACCGGAAACACCACGGAGAUAGUCCUCACCCAAGGGAUCUACAACCAUGCCGGCAGUACCUCACCCUUUUCCUCUGACAAGGAGGCGCCUGGUCAGAUUGGCCUUAGCUUUGGACAGACGACAGGUGGCGUACCCAUGGGGGCACUCGACUGGGUGGGGCCUGUUCUUGGAAACGUCAUUGCUGCACCCAACGUUACCACCUCUGGACCCUAUGCACAGCAGCCGUUGGCUGCGCGCGCAGGACAUUCCAUGGUCCAGUAUGAGACCAACAACCUGUGGGUGUUUGGAGGAUACACCCUUCCCCUGAAUGACACGAGACUACCGGCCCGAGACACGCCUACGUUUGACUACUCGUCGAAAGUGUGGUCGAACCAGACCAAGAUUGGCCUCUAUCGGUACGGACAUGCCUCGGCCGUCGCUUCGACAGACAACAUUAUUUCUUGCUAUGGGACCAUUCUUUACCCGCCCAAGGAGAAGGUCGUUGUCCCCACCUCGGAAUGCGUCAACUUUUCGAUCAUGAAGACCGCCUUCACAAAGAUAAACCUCAUCUUUAGCAAUGAGGGCGACGUGAUCAAAGGAGGGCUCGUCGGACACUCUCUGGUGGCGUCGCCGCUCAAGAACGGGAAGUUGUACAUGUUUGGUGGUACCAACGAGAAUGGUGACACCUACAACCAGGACCUCUACAUACUCGAUACCAAUAGCCUGCCCGAUGUCUGGAUCAAAAAGGUGACGCCAACAUUUGACAUGGCGCAUGUGCCCAGUGCGCGUUCAGACCAUGUGGCAGUUGCGGUAGGAGCGCAGGAUGGGUUCAUGAUCAUCCAUGGAGGCGUCACAGGUUCGAACACCAUGGCUGAUGGGGAAGCAUAUUACUAUUACAUGGCCACCGACAAAUGGCUGGACGCGCCGACGUUUGUCGAACGCUACCAAGCGCAGCAACUCACGAUCCAGAAUGAAGUCAGCCCCUGGAUCUUGAUUGCAGGAAUCAUCAUAGGAGUGUCUCUACUCGGAGGAUGUGUCGUAGUGUAUAUCUGGAGAGGCAUUCGCAAGGAUACCGCCAGGCGACUCGAGCGUGAGGCGGCCGAUCGACAGUCGAUGGCCUCACCUGAUUUCGCUGCUAUGGAGGCUGCUGCUGCUGAGAACAGGAAGAGUGGUUUAGGAUUGUCAGGCAAGAAGGGACGUACGCCGCAUCCGAUCUAUGGAAUGACCGAGGAGGACGACCACUCUCUCUCGAACGGACCCUUCAUGUCGACAUCUUCGCUGAUUCAGGCGGACAAUGGCGUUAAGAAUACGAAAUCAAAGGGCGACAACACCUACCACUCGAACCACUCCAAGCCCUGGGUCACGGAACCAGCGUCACCUGGAGGAACAACGCUGACUGAGAAUGGGAGCAUCAACGGAUACUACUCGUCCAACUCGUCUCAGGCCCCUUCGCGCCUCAACAAGAAGGGCAGUAACGCAUCCUCGCAGAACAGUAUGGCCACAAAAAACAACAACAACGCCGGCAACAACAAUCAACCGGGAACGGGAACCACUUCGGAAUCAUACUACAACCCCCGGGACCUCUUCGUGGACGACGACGACUCGUCAAUCACAGUGUCGCUGGCUUCAGAGUCUUCGACCAACAACAUGUCCCCCUGGACGGGUCCCGUCCGGGUAUCGACCGAUCUGGCACCACCCAACCCACGAUUCAGUCGUGGCGCGAUCCCACAGGCGCAUCGUCAACUGGUCGAUGCUAUCGCUAUAGGCGCCGCUUCUCCUAUGCCAUCGGCAUACGCCUUCUCUUCCAGCAGGAACUCUAACGGAUGGGAUACCAGUUCUCCGGGCGGCUCGCUCUCCAGUCGUGACGACGAGUACCACCGCCGAUCCGUCAACUCCAUGCAGUGGGUAUCGUUCGAACCUAUGGACCUUGCAGGACGCCCAGAAUCACAAAUCUACGACCCCCUCUCUCACCAACAACAACAACAGCAACAACAACGUUCUGGCAACAGCAACGGCGGGGGACUGACCAUCAGGAACAACACAUCCAUGUAUAGGACCUCCCUCACCUCCCAACCCAUCAUCAUCCCUUCCUCUACCCAAAACAACCCACGGAUGUCGAUGUUUGGAGGCAGUAAUACCAGUGAUACCAAUACGGAGGAUUCGGGGUCUUAUUAUGGCCCCGGUGGAAAGCGCAUCUCUACGGCGCUGGCGACUCGGCAGCAAAGGCGGUCGAUCAGGGAUAGUCAGGAUAGUCUUAAUUCUGCGACUGGUGGUCGGCAUCAUUCUUACCAACAGCAACAACAACAGCAACAGCAGAUGACCAACAAUAACAGCGGCAAGGCAGGAGAGGAAGAGGAGGUGUUUGUGACAAAAGUGCUGCCAAUCAUCACCAACAAGCUCACGAAACCAACACUUGCAAAAGUAGUGACCCAACAGCGUGGGUCCCGGAUCGUUGUGCCGAGUACCGGUCCAAUAAGCGAUCAACGGUCCCCACUCUCGCGGCCGUCGGAAGAAGGAACAGGGCUCGGAAUCGAUUUCUCGGGCUUUUCGACCUCCCAGGAUACGUACAUGUCUGGAUACGGGAGCGGUAGUGGAGUGAAUAGUAACAGUAGUCCACGCCGGACAAGUUAUCAGACCCGAAGGACAAGUAACCUCAACCCCAACAAACCCGCCACCAACAACAAUAGGCAACAACAGAGGGAUUCGACUAAUGUCAUCCUAAAGAUGCCUCCUGCACCUAAACACACCGACAGCAGCUCUGGCGGAGGAGGAGGAGGAGGAGGAGGAGGAGGAGGUAGCAGUAGUUUGAACCCCAGGAGUCGAGACCAACAGCAACAACUGGCGGAUCCAGCCGCCAGGAACAGUAUUAUGGAUGUCGGCCAGGAGUUCUCUGGCUACUUCUAG